AUGGAAGAUAAUAAUUUAUUAUUGAACAUCUUUAGUGAACCAUUACCAACAAAAUCUAGAUCAUUAGGAACAAAAUCAGUUAAACGUAAACUUGAAGUUGUAGAAGAAAAAAACAAUUAUGUUGAAUCAACGAACAAGAAAAAGAAGAAUGAACGUGCUAAACUUGAUUUAUGUCAAGGUCGAGAAAUGAAAUCUCCGAAACGAUCAUCUUUAUUUACGAAUAAUCCAACUAUACCUCAGAUGGAAGAUGUAAAUGUUGAAACAGCCAAUGAAGAAGUAUUCGGUACAGUAACAUCUAUGGAUACAAUGCCAGUACAUCCUCAUAUUGUUUCUUGCUUAAAACAAAAAUUCAAUAUAACUCGUUUAACAAAUGUUCAAGAAAAAUCCAUUCCAGCUAUUUUGACUGGUCAAGAUGUUAUCAUCAAAUCUCAAACGGGCAGUGGUAAAACACUUGCAUAUGUGGUACCAACAAUUCAUCUGAUACAAAUGAUUGAACCAUUAGUACGACGUGAAACAGGUCCUAUUGCUAUAGUACUUGUUCCAACUAAAGAACUUGUUCAACAAACAUAUGAAGUUUUUCAAAAGCUAUUAACAUCAUUUGUUCGUAUUGUUUGUUCACCACUUGUUGGAGGUUCUAAUAGAAAUCAUGAAAAGAAACGACUUCGUCGGGGUUUAAAUAUUCUUAUAUCAACGCCCGGACGUUUAUGUGAUCAUAUUGAAAAUACACAAUCAUUGUCUUUUAAAAAUAUUCAAUUUUUGAUAUUUGAUGAAGCGGACAAAAUGCUUGAUAUGGGUUUUGCUGAUGCAAUCAAUAAAAUUAUUCAAACAAUAGCAAAACAUGCUGAAGAUGGAAAACGAUUUCAACGUAUUCUUUCAUCUGCAACUCCAACAACAGCAUUGAAUGAUUUCGUUGAUCUCAAUGUGAGUAAAACUGCACUUAGUAUUGAUAUUUCGGAAGAAUUUAAUGAUCAAAGUGUAAUAACUGUACCGAAAACAUUAAAGCAAAUGUUUACUAUUGUACCAAGUAAAUUACGUUUUGUUACAUUGAUUGCAUUUUUAUUAAAAAUUUUCAAUAACACUGAUAAAGCAAAGGCAAAAGUACUUCUAUUUUUGGCAACCAAUGAUCUUUCUCAUUUUCACUACGAUGUUAUAAACGCAAUAUUAAAUGGUGACCAAGAAGACGAUAUGGAUGAACAAGGAGAUUUACAAUUUGGACAUUUAUUAAAUGAGCCCAUUAAAUUAUUACGACUGCAAGGAGAUAUGUCACAUCAAGAACGAACAAGAGUUGUCAGUCAAUUUUCUAAAAUGAAGCGAGGAAUUCUACUGUGUACCAAUGUUGCUGCACGUGGUCUUGAUUUACCGAGUGUUACAUGGAUUAUUCAAUAUCAUCCAACAAGUCCGAUUGAUUAUAUUCAUCGUAUUGGAAGAACAGCUCGGCUUGGUUCAAUUGGUCGUUCGAUAAUUUUUCUGUUACCAAACGAAUCGGAAUAUGUCACAACACUGCAAGAGAAAUAUAAAAUGAGCUUGAAAAGUAUCUCACCUGAAGACAUUCUUGAAACGCUUCGAUUCAGUUCUGAAAAGUUAAAACAACAUUUUGAAACUCGAAGUGUUAUUCCAAAAACAGCUGAACAAUGUGCAAGCUCUCUACAUCAUCAUUUUGAAGAAUAUGUUAAUGCGACUGAUGAACGUGUCGAACAAGCUAGACAAGCAUAUCUUUCAUUUAUUCGUUAUUACGCGUCAUUUUCUCGUGAAUGGAAAUAUUUAUUUCAUGUAAAAAAUGUCCAUCGUGGUCAUGUUGCGAAAAGUUUUGGUUUAAAAAGUUUACCAGAUGAAUCAAAUAAUCAUACGCUUAAUGAACGAAAAGGAACUUUUGCUUCAUUAUCAAAUAGAAGAAAGCCAAUAGCAGUAAACGACAAAAAACCUACUGAAACCAACGAUGAAAAAGAUGAUGAAGAUGAAAAAGAUGAAAAAGAUGAAAAAGAUGGAAAAAAUGGAAAAAAUGAAAACAAUGAAGAACCAAUUGUACCAUUAAAAACCGAAAAAAAGAGUCUUUUCGAUCGUCCAUUAUUUUCAUACAAUAUCAAACCCCGGCCACGGUUUCGUAAUUUUAGUCAUAUAUCUGAAUAUGGAAACGGUCUUGAAUUAAUUACAAAAUCCCAUAGGAAGAAAGAUAAAGUCGAUGAAUUUUUAGAGAAAAAACGUGAACGAAAUACUCUCAAACGUUUGCAUGGCCGAAAAAAAACUUUUGAUUAA